CUUGACGGGUCGGGCCCGAGUUGAAUUAGAAAGCUUCUAUUUUGACUGGACAGACAAAUCCUUAAUGACCUAGUUCUCUGCUCUCCCCUCUCCCUCUGCAACUCCCACGUAACUCGCUGCUCAGAAGUACAGGGACAUGCAAUUUAGUCACCUAUACAUGCCAAUUCUUCCGCCGGAGACUUCUUGAAGGUAUAAAAAAUGGAGUCAAUAGUAAUUGCGUCAUCCUCAAUCGAUGGCGGUAUUGGCUGCUGGGAUCUACAAACAGGGGCGGAACAGCUCCGUUACAAAUCAUGCGCGUCUCCCUCACACGGUCUCGCCGCAGUUGGCAACCGGUUUAUCGCUUCCUCCCAACUCCGCGACCCCUCCGCCUCCUCCGGCUCUAUCUUCUACUGGUCCUGGUCCAAGCCCCAAGUAGAAGUUAAGAGCUUCCCCGCAGAGCCGAUCAAGCCGCUUGCUGCUAACACCGAAGGCACGUACAUCGCUGGUGGAGGUACCUCUGGUCACAUUUACUUUUGGGAGGUUGCAACUGGAAGGUUGCUUGGGAAGUGGCACGCACAUUAUAGGCCAGUAACGCGCUUGGUGUUCUCCGAGGAUGAUUCGCUGCUGGUUUCAGGUUCUGUGGAUGGUUGUGUUAGAGUCUGGUCGCUGUUAAUGGUAUUUGAUGAUUAUCAAAAGCAGCGGGGUAGCCAUCUUUAUGAGCAUAGUUUUACACAGCACACUAUGCCAAUAACUGAUAUUGUCAUGGGAUAUGGAGGAUGCAAUGCCAUAAUAGUCUCAGCUUCGGAGGAUAGAACCUGUAAGGUUUGGAGCUUGUCUAAGGGUUUAUUGUUGAGAAAUAUUGUUUUCCCUUCUGCAAUUGAUGCAAUCGCCUUGGACCCUGGCGAACAUGUCUUCUAUGCUGGCAGCAGAGAUGGCAAGAUCUAUGUUGCUGCGCUUAAUGCCAGAACUGGAUCUAACGACAAUUAUGGGAUGCAUAUUAUUGGUUCCUUAUCUGAUCACAGAAAGCCUGUUACUUGCUUAACCUAUAGUACAGAAGGAAAUUUGCUGCUGUCUGGAUCAGAAGAUGGUGUUGUUCGAGUUUGGGAUCCAAAAACCCAUAACAUUGUUCGCAUGUUCAUGCAUUCAAAAGGUCCUGUGAAUAAUAUUCUUCUUGUUAGACAGCCAGUCAAUUCUAAUCCUCGCUAUUCAAAGAUGCAACCUUCCAGGAGGCAUGGAUAUUUGCUACCACCCCCACUGGAAAAAUAUUCAAAUUCAGCAAAUGAAGACAUGUAUAACAACAAAACUAUUGUUAAUCUCCAAGCUGUUGGCAAUAUUCUCUUGGAAAAUUCAUACUCAAGUUCUCACGUGAUUCACAAUCAAAUUAAAGAACUUCAGAAACAAGGUUCUGCUGCAACUGAAAUGGAUGUGGAGCAAUUAAAGCUUGAGUGCAAAAGAUGCAUGCAAAUGGUCCAGCAAUGGAAGAAAAUGUAUGAAAACUUGCACGAGUUCUGUAUCAACGAGUUAUUGGAGAAAGAUCAAGUGGAAGGUUCCAAGUGAAACUUGUCCAACAUUGGUGCUCCAUUUUGUAAAACAGGCUUCAAAACAUCUUCCUGGUAUGACUUAUCUACACAAUCCACUUACAGCUGUUGCCCAUUUUAUGUGUAUGGAUAGUUAGAAACCACCAUCCAGACUUUAUUUUUUGAGACGAGAAAUUAUUAUUAAGUGAUAAUGCCGUAGAGGAGACGUCUACAUUCAUUAUGAUUUAAUUGAUAACGCGUUCAACACCUUUCCAGGAGUAGCGGAUAAUUGUUUCAAGCUGUUUUUUCUACGUAACUGAUGUAUCCUAUUGUUAUUGCGAGUGAUGUUGUCAGUCAUGUUCUAGGGGAUUCUAUUAUGGUGUCUUAGAAGAAUCAUCCUUUCAAAUGA